GAAAGCCUUAUACUGAAUUCAUAGACGGAGAUCUAGUAAGUCGUAUUUCCAUCUAUAUCGCUCUCAAUCAUCAUUAUGAGACCUAGCAUUAAGCACGGUUGCUCCUCUUUUGGAACCAUCAAACGUGGUCACACAAGUGGUCAUUCUGCCAAUGUGUUUGGCCAUUCGUCGGCAGGUCAUCAUGGAGGAUCUCAUCUCACCUCUCAUCAUGGUGGAGCACAUGUAUCCCAUCAUGGUAUUUCCCAUCAUCAUGGAGGUUCUAAUCUCUCUCAUCAUAAAAGUUCCCAUCUCUCUCAUCAUGGAAGUUCCCACCUCUCUCACCAUGGAGGCUCCCAUCUCUCUCAUCAUGGAAGUUGCCAUCCCUCUCAUCAUGGAAGCUCCCAUCUCUCUCAUCAAGGAGGCUCUUUUCUUUCUCAUCAUGGAGGAUCCCACAUCUCCCACCAUGGUGGAUCAAAUCUGACCAGUCAUGGGUCUUCAAAUAUGUCCCAUCAUGGAAGCUCCCACCUGACCCAUUAUGGAGGAGGUCCUCAUUUAAGUUUUCAUAGGGGAUCACACCUUUCACAUCAUAAAUCUCAUCUUAGCUCUUCUCAUCAUGGAAGCCCUACCAAAAUGGAUCAUGGAAGCUCUCAUGCGUCCUGUCAUGGAGGGUCUUUUAAGAUGAAUCAUGAAGGAAGUCACAUAUCCCAUCACGGAGGCCAUCACAAAUCAAUGAGUGCCCAUGGAGGAUCAAGUUCCAAGUCAGUUUCAUCUUCUAAGCAUUCCUCUAUGAAUCAUCACAAAGGCCAUAGUCAUGGUUCACACUUUAGUAGCCAUGGCAGUUGGAAAAAUGAUGGUUUCCUCAGCAACAAUGAGAAAGGAACCAUGCAAAUGCUGAAUGAGCGCUUGUCUACCUAUCUGGACAAAGUUAGUGCUCUAGAACAGGAGAAUGCCGAGCUGGAAAGGAAGAUCUGUGAAUGGUAUGCAAACAAUGCUCCUAGUUCACUGCCUGACUCAAGCCAGAAUUUCAGGAUAAUAUCAGACCUCCAGAAUCAGAUUGCCGCAGCUACUAUGGAGAAUGCCAGAAUUGUCCUGCAGAUUGACAAUGCUAGACUUGCUGCUGAUGACUUCCGUGAUAAGUAUGAGAUGGAACUGAAUAUAAGCAAUAAUGCUGAGGCUGAUGUGAAUGCUCUGCGCAGAGUCCUAGAGGGACUAAACCGUGAAAACUGUGAUUUGGAAAUGCAAGUUCAGAGCCUCCAGGAGGAACUGCAGGAAAUGAAGAGGAAUCAUGAUGAGGAAGUAAACUGUCUCCGUGCUCAGCUGGGGGCCAGAAUUAAUGUGGAACUGAAUGCUGCUCCAUCUAUUGACCUUAAUAAGGCCCUGGCUGAAAUCCGUGAUGAAUAUGAAAACCUAAUGGACAGAAACCUAAGAGAUACAGAAAAUAUGUUUAGACAAAGGAGUGAAGAGUUGAAUCGUCAAGUAAUUUCUGGUUCUGAGCAACUUCAGUCUGUACAAACUGAGGUCAUUGAGCUUAGGCGUACUGUGCAGACCCUAGAGAUUGAACUGCAGACCCAGCGAAGCAUGACAUCAGCUCUAGAAAACACCUUGGCAGAGACACAAGCUACCUACUCUUCUCAAAUUGCUCAGUUACAAGCUAUGAUCAAUAAUAUUGAGUGCCAGCUUGGCGAACUCAGAUCUGACCUAGAACGUCAGAACUAUGAAUAUAAGAUCUUGAUGGACCAGAAGACCCACCUGGAGAUGGAAAUUGCUACCUAUAAACGCCUCCUUGAAGGACAUGACAUCCAUGUUUCAGACUAUGAGAUGUCAAGCGGAAAACAUGGUUCUCACCACAAAGUGGUCCAUCAUACCACUGAGCAUCACCAUGAAACCAAAUGUUAACAUCUAUAUCGGAACUGUUUUGGAAAAACAUGAAGACCUUAGAAGAUACAAAAA